CUGUGCACCCAACGCUCUGUCUGUAAAAACCCAACUCCAGGUAAAGAGAGAGUAGUGGGUGUGGUGUAAAGACUAUCACCUGCUACAUGUAGGCUAUAUUGGUGAAGAGGUAGUGCAGCUUUUUACACAAAGCAGCGUAACUGUAGUGGGACACACAGGCUAUUCUGUCUGGUGUCCUGCAAUAAACUUCAGCCAGUAGAACCGAGGGAGCGCGGUAAGCAGCACGUUAUCAGACAGAGAGCAUGAGGAUGGACUUUGGCUGGCUGUACUACCAGUACCUGCUCAUCACAGGCAUAUAUGUGCUUGAGCCCUGGGAGCAGUCCAUCUUCAACUCUGUCUUCUUCUCCUCCGUGGCCAUGGUCAUCUACACCUCCUACGCCUUCGUGCCUGUACAUGUGCGCCUGGCACUCAAGUUCUUCUCCGGGAUCUGUGGGGAACAGCCUGAGAGCACCAUGGCACUCAUAAACUAAGCAGUGGAUGGAUGGCAGGAAGGAGAUUGGGAAUGAGAAGGGAGGACUCCCUAUCUAAGAUCUUGACAUUUGACCUUGACCUCACUUGACUUGAUGACCGUCUGACCUCUCAGUUCUCUCACCACCCUUUCACCAUACAGUUACCCACUACUCCCACAAUCCACAAUACUCUACUACCUACUCAGCAAAGGAAGGCUGAGUUUAGGAUGAUUCUGUGAAAUAUUCUAGGAGAAUACCUCCCUUUAUCCCCCCCUCUUACCCCUGGUAUUAUACUAAACAUCAUUGUAUGCUACUUUCACACCUUUGCUGUGAAACGCCUUGUUUUUUCCAGAAAUAUUAAAUGUGGUUUGUUAUUUUUUAUUCUUCUCACUCUGGAAUAGUGUGAGUGCAUAUCACAUCUCUGUGUUUUACAUUUGUCUGCAGGUAAUGCCACUUAUCUCUCUGACUGUUGACAGCUGUCUGAUAUAGGGUGAGACAUUACUGAUCACAAUACAUUUACAUGCACUUAAACCCACUGGACAAUGCUAAUGAUGACCAUUGACUGCACUCCAAUUACUGAGUCAUAAAGCAAAUCUUUCCCUAGACCAGUCUCCUGCUAUACAAUUUAUUCAGAGACAUUGAGACCAGGCAAAUAUCACAAGGUUUUAAAAUUUUCCUCCCAACCCUAAAUAUGUCUGAUUUGUCAAUGCAUACAUUGAUCAAACUAAACAAUCAUAUCCUUGUGUGCACAGCCCUGUCCCCCAUCUGCAGUGUUUUUACUGUUGCUAUGCUUGGCAAGAGGAAAUGUUAGCUCUCUGGUUCAGGCUUCGCUUUGUCAUUAUGGGGUAUUGUGUGUAGAUUGAUGAGGGGAAAAACCAAUUGAAUCCAUUUAACAAUAAAGCUGUAAUGUAACAAAAUGUGGAAAAAGUCAAAGGGUCUGGAUACUUUUCGAAUGCACUGUACAUUACUGAAUAUGUUGUUUUCCUUCAAAUGAAAGUGCUUUUAUAUCCUUUCAGUCUAAUCAUUAGUGGUUGAGACAUUUCUGAUGGCUUGAUCACAGAGUUGCAUGAGGACAAAAGAUCACUGUGUGGCCUUAUUAAACAUUUACUGAUAUCUAUGGUACAUUUGUCUCAUCACUGGAUUCUUCAGAAAUAAAGCAAUUUUACAAAUGUGAAA